GAAAAUACUCAGUCGUGUUUGAAACUUCCAGUCAUCAGGACAAAAUUUUCUUGUUUAAACAAAAAGAAUAUAAUAAAUAAUAAAAUGUCGCAUUCAUUUGUUAUUUUAUUUGUUGUAUUGGUUGCAUCUGCAAUUGCAAUAAAUGCUCAACAUUGUGGACAAAAUAAACAUUAUGUUAGUUGUGGUUCUGGUUGUGAAAUAAGAACUUGUGAAGAUCGAAAUACACCACCGCCAAGGUUUUGCCCUUUCAUCUGCAGAAGUGGCUGUAUUUGUAACGAAGGCUACAUUCAACUAUCUAAAUCAGAUGACAGAUGUGUACGAAUAAAUGAUUGUCCACCAAUUAUAGGGGAAUGUAGUCAAAGUUGGUUUACUGUCUAGGUAGGCCAU